UCAGUAGUAUGAUGUGUCAAACUUUAGUCAGUACAAUAUUAAAAAGUGAAAUAUGUGAGACUAGAGUUAGAGAUUGAAGCAUUGUAGAACCUCUCAGUUCCGUAAUGAUCGAAACUAUUUACGCUUUUUCUAUUUGAAUUAUGUGUCUUGAGUUCUGUGUUCCUUAUGCUAGCAGAUUGUAGAUGUUUAUCUUUUAAACUUUACUUAAUCUUAUAUUGGAAACUUUUUUGGUUACAUAUGCAGCCCGAAAAUUGAUCGAUCUUUGUUGAAUUUUUAUACAAUAAAUGGAUUUCGAAAAUAAGUCUAUUUCGAAAGGAAAGCAACUAUGGGGUUGCUAAGAAGAAAUGUGAAAGGAAUACGACUACAUAAAUAAGCAAGGUCUCGUUUAAGAUGGGUUCUAGACGCGAAGCACUUACAAUUGGCGCACUGUGCGUGACGUGGUACGCAUUAAGCUCUGCAAGCAACGUUGUGGGAAAGCUGGUUUUAACAGAGCUGCCGUUUCCUAUGUCGGUUACGAUGGUGCAACUUCUGUCCACAGUGCUUUACAGUGCACCGGCUUUUGCUUUGUGUAAUGUCCGCCGAGCACCCUCGUUUCCAAAGCAAUAUUAUUUGCGUGUACUUGUACCAUUAGCAUUCGCUAAAUUUUUUACAACUAUGUUCUCACAAAUCUCCAUCUGGAAGGUGCCAAUAUCGUAUGCACAUACAGUCAAGGCCACCACACCUCUAUGGACGGCCGGUCUGGCGUGGGUGCUUUUCGGCGAGCGGCAGUCGGCCGGCGUGCAGGGCGCGCUAGUCCUGAUCGCAGCCGGCGUGGCGGUCGCGUCCGCCACCGAGCUUCACUUCGACGCGCUCGGCCUCGGCGCCGCCCUCGCCGCCGCCGCGCUGCUCAGCCUGCAGCACCUGUACUCAAAGCGCGUCAUGCGCGACACGGGAGUUCACCACCUGCGUCUGCUACAGACGCUGAGCGCCAUGGCAUUAGUGCUGCUGGUGCCGGCGUGGCUGGGUCUGGAGGCGCUGGCGCUGGCCGACGCGGUGCCCACGCGCGGCUGGGCGCACGCGGGCUCGCUGCUGGCGCUGGACGGCGCGCUGGCGUGGCUGCAGGCCGUGGCCGCCUUCAGCGUGCUGUGGCGCGUGACGCCGCUGGCAUACGCGGUGGCGUCGGCCGCCAAGCGUGCGGUGGUGGUGGCAGCGUCGCUGCUGCUGCUGCGCAACCCCGCCCCUCCGCUCAACCUGGCGGGCAUGGCACUGGCGCUGCUGGGCGUGCUGGCCUACAACCGCGCCAAGCUGCGCUCGCCGCGCCCGCUGCUUCCCGUGUGACCGCCGCUCCGGCCGGGCUGGCUCGGUGAUCUCUUCUGCGGACCCUCGAUAGCUCAAAUUUAUAGUAUUAGUAUUUCGUGGACGAAGUGUAGUGUUACAGAUGACUAAUACUAAGUGUAUGAGAUCUAUUAUUUUUAUUUUUAAGUUUAUUUAAAAAUGUCGACAGGCUAGUCUCUUAUAGCAUUUAUUUUAGUACAGCUAAUCUGAACCGACUCUUAUUGAUAAACUUUGGUACUGUAGUAUUAUUUUGUUUAGACAAAUAUUGUUUGGAGUGCGUGACCAAUGAUCGGUAACAGGAUUUGUUACAAAAAAUAUUGAUAAACAAUUAACAUUUUGAGUAAUUUAGUUGACAUUUAAUCAGUGUUGUUGUUAUAAGAAAUAUAAAGAGACUAUCUUAAAAAUGUAACUACAUAUGAGAAAAAUGUUUUCAAUGUAGCUCACUAAAGAAUAUGAAUCCCGUAUGUAAGUGUUAUAAAAGGUUUUAAAUAAAUUUAUAUAUUUCUUAUUAUUUAUUAAAGAUAAAGCAAAUUUAGUUAAUGAUCUAAUAUAGUUAUAUUCGUUUUCGAGAUAUAAUUGCAUCAGCUAAAGCCAGUUUCUUAUUCUGGGCCCUUAGUACGAUAUUAUAAAGAGUUUUUCUUGUGUUGAACAUCGGGAAGUCUUAUGGUUCGCCAACUUAUCCGUCUCUCCGAAACAACAAUAAAAUCUACGCGACAAACAUCCCGGCAACAAAGAAUCUAAAUUAUUACGAAGCAUAGAUGAUCUAACUGUACCUAACUGUGAGAAUGUAUAAAUACAACCAUUGUGAUUGUGGCGAACCGACUAAUUCAUGAUGAAUUGUUAAAUAUGAAGAAAAAUUACAGACUAUGCAUACUGAUUUAAUUAAAAUUAUUUAACAGUAUUUUAUUAUGGAAUGGAUACUGGAUGUACUUAUUAAAUUUUAGGCGACUUCAAACAGAACGAGUUUAUGAAUGGCUUUACUUUUUUAUGUGUGCGUUUCUUUAUAUAGCCUGUUCCAAUGGAAGUAGGGAAAAAGAUAAACAAACCUUAGAUUUACGUAUUUCAUGCGACUUGCUAAU